AUGGACGGCCGCAGACACUCGGCCGCCGACCAGGCCCUCGCCAGCCUCGGCUACAAGGGCGAGCUGCCGCGCAACCUCAGCAUGAUGAGCAUCCUCGGCCUCUCCUUUGCCAUCAUGGCCGUGCCCUUUGGCAUGUCGACGACGCUCUACAUCACCCUCACAAACGGCCAGGCCGUCUCCGUCCUCUACGGCUGGAUCCUCGUCUCCCUCAUCUCCGUCUGCAUCGCCGCCUCCCUCGCCGAGAUCUGCGCCGUCUUCCCCACCGCCGGCGGCGUCUACUACUGGUCCGCCAUGCUCAGCACCCGGCCCUGGGCGCCCCUCGUCAGCUUCGUCGACGGCUGGCUCACCCUCGUCGGCAACUGGACCGUCACCCUGGCCAUCACCUUUUCCGGCGCCCAGCUCAUCCUCAGCGCAAUCUCCAUCUUCAACCCCGACUACGUCGCCACCCAGUGGCAGACGCUGCUCUGCUUCUGGGCCGUCAUGCUCGUCUGCGCCCUCGUCAACGCCUUUGCCUCGCGCUACCUCGACCUCAUCAACAAGCUGUGCAUCUACUGGACCGCCGUCAGCGUCGUCGUCAUCCUCGUCACCCUCCUCGUCAUGGCCCCGGCCCGCCGCGACGCCGCCUUUGUCUUUGCCCACUACGACGCCUCGGCCAGCGGCUGGCCCACGGCCUGGUCCUUUUUUGUCGGCCUGCUGCAAGCCGCCUACACCCUCACCGGCUAUGGCAUGGUGGCCGCCAUGUGCGAGGAGGUCCAGAACCCCGAGCGCGAGGUCCCCAAGGCCAUUGUCCUCUCCGUCGUUGCCGCCGGCGUCACCGGCGUCGUCUACAUCGUCCCCAUCCUCUUCGUCCUGCCCGACGUUCAGAUGCUGCUCCAGGUGGCCAACUCGCAGCCCAUCGGUCUUCUCUUCAAGACCGUCACCGGCUCCGCCGCCGGCGGCUUCGGCCUGCUCUUCCUCAUCCUCGGCAUCCUCAUGUUCGCCGGCAUCGGCGCCCUCACCGCCGCCUCGCGCUGCACCUACGCCUUUGCCCGCGACGGCGCCAUCCCAGGCUACACGCUGUGGAGCCGCGUCAACACCCGCCUCGACAUGCCCCUGUGGGCCCUCGGCCUCUCCACCGUCAUCGACUGCCUGCUCGGCUGCAUCUACCUCGGCUCCACCGCCGCCUUCAACUCCUUCACCGGCGUCGCCACCAUCUGCCUCUCCACCUCGUAUGGCGUCCCCGUCCUCGUCAGCCUCGUCCGCCGCCGCCAGCACGUCAAGCACUCGCCCUUUCCCCUCGGCCGCCUCGGCCCCGCCGUCAACGUCAUCUGCGUCGUCUGGAUCGCCUUUGCCAUUGUCAUCUUUUGCAUGCCCGUCUCGCUGCCCGUCACCGCGAGCUCCAUGAACUACGCCUCGGCCGUCUUUGCAGGCUUCGCCGCCAUCGCCUUCGUCUGGUACUUUGCCUACGCCCGCAAGAACUUUACCGGCCCUCCCGUCGCCGACGCCGACGCGUACGGUCCUGGCGUCAUGUUAGGCAAGUCUCUCAAGGACCCCGCGGAGAACGGGACCGCCGACUCGGAGGAAACACAGGCGCCCGCCGUCGAGGGAAAACCCACGUAG